AUGGCUGCGAACGGGGAAGAGAAGAAGGUCAUAUUGCCUGAGAAAGGCAAGAAGAACAUCCUGAUCACGAGCGCACUUCCUUAUGUCAACAAUGUUCCUCAUCUGGGCAACAUCAUCGGCAGUGUCUUGUCAGCAGAUGUCUUCUCGCGGUAUUCCAAGGCUCGAGGAAACCCUACACUUUUCAUUUGCGGAACAGACGAGUAUGGCACGGCGACUGAGACGAAAGCGAUUGAAGAGGGCGUGACACCUCAGCAGCUUUGCGACAAAUACAACAAGAUCCACAAAGAGGUGUACGACUGGUUCGAGAUCGAGUUUGACCACUUCGGCCGGACACCGACACAACAACAGACCGACAUUGCGCAAGAUAUCUUCUUGAAGCUACAUAAGAAUGGAUACCUGGACGAAGAGACACGAGAACAGCCAUAUUGCCCUGAGAACGGUCAUGGCUUUCUUGCGGAUCGCUUUGUCGAGGGUACAUGUCCAUUUGAGGACUGCAAGUACGAUGAUGCAAGAGGAGAUCAAUGUGACAAGUGCGGAAAGCUGCUUGAUCCCAUCAACCUGAUCAAUCCAAGGUGCAAGCUACACAAGGACUCGAAGCUCGAGAUUAGGGAGACAAAGCACGUGUUCCUGCUUCUGGACAAGCUAGAUCCUCAAGUUCAAAAAUGGUUUAACAAAAGGCGCGAGGAGGGCCGAUGGAGCGAGAACGGCUACAGUAUCACAAAAGAUUGGUUCACUCGUGGAUUGAAGCCAAGAGGUAUCACUCGAGAUCUGAAAUGGGGAACACCAGUGCCGCUGAACGGAUACGAGGACAAGGUCAUGUAUGUGUGGUUUGACGCAUGUAUUGGGUACGUUUCGAUCACGGCGACAUACACGGAAGACUGGGAGAAAUGGUGGCGCGACCCAGACAACGUUCAGCUCUAUCAGUUCAUGGGCAAGGACAACGUGCCAUUCCACACUGUUGUCUUCCCAUCGUCACAACUUGGCACUGGAGAUCAGUGGACUAUGCUCGACACCCUCAGCACAACCGAGUAUCUCAAUUACGAACACGGCAAGUUCAGCAAGUCUCGAGGCAUUGGCGUUUUCGGUACAUCAGCUCAGGAUACUGGAGUCCCGCCCGAUGUCUGGCGAUAUUACCUAUUGAAAGUGCGACCCGAGACAGGCGACACGGAGUUCGAAUGGGAAGCCUUCGUUGCAGCUAACAAUAACGAGUUGCUGAACAACUUUGGCAACUUCGUCAAUCGAGUGCUGAAGUUCGUCAACUCCGAGAAGACGUAUAAGUCGGUUGUGCCUGCAUACCCAACAGACAUCGACCCUGAAGUGCAGAAGGCGCUUACAGAGCACGUUGCGGAGACCAAUGCGAAGCUGAAGGAAUACCUCAAGGAGAUGGAUGCAGUGCACCUUAAACAGGGUCUUGUUUGCGCUCGAGAGAUCUCUUCGCUGGGCAAUGGACUUCUACAGGCCAACAAGACAGACAACAACCUCUUCACCAACGAGCGCGCGAGAUGUGACGCUGUGGUGAAUCUCGCCAUCAACCACAUCCAUCUUCUUGCCUCCGUGAUUGCUCCGUACAUGCCAGCCACCACCAAGAGCAUUUUGUCUCAGCUGCAGGCUGAGCUGCUCAUCAUCCCAGAUCGGUGGGAGGCAAAGAGCAUCUCGGAAGACCACAAGAUUGGUGCUGCGCAGCACCUUUUCACCAAGAUCGGCAAGGACGUCAAAGAUCCGCAAGAUCCAAAGAAAACUGUGAACGACAAAGUCUUGGAAUGGAAGUUGCAGUUUGGUGGAGAGGAAUUGAAAAAGGCUAUCGCGGAUAAGGAGGCCAAGGCUGCUGCGAAUCGGGCUGCUAAGAAAGCGAAGAAAGAAAAGAAGGCUGCGGGAAAUGUUGAAGCUGCGGAGAAGGAUGGCGCACCGCAGGAUCCUAAUGCUGGGACCGCCAUCGAAGAGGUCACGGAGGGUGUGAGGCAGGCUGCGCUGCAGACGAGCUAG